AUGAGUGGUUCAUCAGGAGCUGUCGCAAGCGAGAAGGGCCAAGAUACUAGAAGGUCAUGUGUUGAGGAAUCAUUCUUUGCUUCCCCACUCUACGACUUUCUUUACCCUUUACGCCCAGUUGCAAACCAAUGGUCGGCCAAAUAUAUCAUUCUGAUUUUUGCCCUUAUUGUAAGGUUAGCUGUGGGAUUAGGUGGGUAUUCAGGAAAGGGUAAAGGUCCACUGUUCGGGGAUUUUGAAGCUCAGAGACAUUGGAUGGAGAUCACAACAUGUCUUCCAAUAAGUAGGUGGUAUUUUUAUGAUUUGGAAUAUUGGGGACUUGAUUAUCCGCCGUUGACUGCGUACCAUUCCUAUAUACUAGGGAGACUUGGGUCUUUUGUUAAUGCAACGUGGUUUAAGUUGAAUACCUCUAGAGGGUUUGAAUCGAUCGAUCUAAAAUCUUUCAUGCGUAUCACGGUUCUGUUAAGUGAAUUGGUUUGCUACAUUCCUGCAGUUAUGUAUUUUACAAGAUGGAUUGGAAGACAUAGGAAUCAGUCUCCUAUUGGGCAGUAUGUGGCUUGUGCAGCUAUUUUAUUUCAGCCAUCAUUGAUUCUCAUAGAUCAUGGUCAUUUUCAAUACAACUGCGUUAUGUUAGGACUAGUUGUAUACACUAUUAACAAUUUGUUGGACGAAUUCUAUGGAUUUGCUGCUAUUUGUUUUGUUCUUUCGCUAGGCUUCAAACAAAUGGCACUAUAUUAUUCCCCAGUGAUAUUUGCUUAUCUAUUUAGUAGAUCUGCCUACUACCCCCGGUUUAAUUUCCCUAGGUUUGCUGGCAUUGCAAUUGCCACCUUGCUAACUUUUGGGGCUCUUUAUGCACCUUUAUGUUUAUUUGGUGAUUUCAGGAAUAUCAUUCAGUCCGUCUAUCGAGUAUUCCCAUUCAGCAGAGGUAUAUUUGAAGAUAAAGUUGCUAAUUUCUGGUGCGUUACGAACGUGAUCAUAAAAUAUAGGGAACUUUAUACACAAAAGCAAUUACAAUUCUACUGCUUACUUACCACUGCAAUUGCACAGUUUCCGGCAUUUAUCAUUAUCUUCUUGUAUCCAAAGAAAUUCCUGCUUCCAUACGCUUUGGCAGCGUGUUCAAUGGCCUUCUUCCUUUUUAGUUUUCAAGUGCACGAAAAGACCAUCUUGGUUCCUUUACUACCAAUCACGCUAUUACACAUAUCAACAAACUGGGACGUUUUAUCCAUGGUUGCCUGGAUUAACAAUGUUGCCCUCUUCACCUUAUGGCCACUACUAAAGAAAGAUGGUUUACUACUUCAAUAUGCAAUAAUGUUUCUGCUCUCUAAUUGGCUUUUGGGCAAUUUUAGCUUCGUAACUCCAACAUUUUUACCAAAAUUCCUCACACCAGGACCCUCAGUGAGUGAUGUAGCAGAUGACUAUAGGCGCAGAAGCUUAUUGCCAAAAAAUAUUUUCUGGAGGAUCAUAAUUGUGUCGUCAUAUGUUUGCAUGGCCUUUAUCCACCUAUUAGAUCUGUACGUACAACCGCCCAGAAAUUAUCCCGACAUCUGGGUUCUGGCAACUUGCGCCUUAGGUUUUGCAUGCUUUACAGCAUUCUGGCUAUGGAACUAUUACCAGCUAUACAGAAUGCGUAACUCGUCCCUAAAUGAACUAUAG